AUGAUGUUGAUGAUGAUGAUGAUGAUAAUGAUGAUGAUGAUGAAUAAAAGCCUAAAUAAUGAUACUGUAAAGGAAUGUUUAGUUUGUUACGAUGGCGCUGAUUGUUUACAAACGGAUAGUUGCAAUGAAUGUAAUGGUAUUGGUUGUAUACGAAUGAAAAGUUAUAAUACUGAACAUAUUCAUACAAUUGCUUUGACAUGUUUACCAUAUGCAACAAGAAUCUAUCAAUUGGAACCAGCGGGUUGUCGCAUUUCAUUAUCCGGUGACAGUGAACAUUGCAUAUGUUAUGAUAGUGAUUACUGUAAUCGUGCAACUAGUUCAUCGUUAUUUAGUUUUAAAUUAGUUUCUUUCGUUAUCCCUAUUAUUGUUACUGUUGCAACUUCAUUCUCUUUAUCACAUUUGUUUUAA